GUUAACUUCUAAAAGAGAUGCUAUAUUGAGCAGAAAAUGGUGGGCCGAGUAAUUUCAUUGUCUACUCUACACCGUUUGUCCAGGUUUGCUUGCCUUCAACAGCAGAAGAAAAUAAGCAGCAUUGGAUUAAGAGGACUGAACACUAAUAAUGCUCUACAUGCAGUUGACCGCUCCCAGCCCAAUGGAGUUGUUCUACCUGGGGAAGAGGGCUUUAUUGUUAAGUCCCGCUGGUCAGAUGUUCAGAUUCCCGAAAUGAACUUGGCGGAUUAUGUCUGGGAGGACAUUGAGCACAAUGCCGCAAAUCCUGCUCUGGUCUGCGGUAUGACUGGAAGAAGUUAUUCCUUUGCUAUGGCCCACGGACUGUCCAAGAAGUUCGGUUCUGCUCUUCUUCGAAUGGGGGCGAAGAAAGGAGACGUUAUUGGUCUUGUUCUUCCAAACAUACCUGAGUUUCCGAUAGUAUUUAUGGGAGCUGUUGGUGUGAAUGUAACUGUGACCACCAUGAACCCAACAUACAGACCUGAAGAGAUUGCAAGGCAAAUGGAGAACUCAGAAACUAAAUUUAUCGUGACCAUUGGGAUGUUUGUGCAGAAUAUCAAGCAGUCCUGUGAUAUCUAUACAGGGGUGGAGAAGAUUAUCGUCAUUGGAGAUGCUAUUGCACCAGAGGGUUGUAUAUCCUUCCUGGACCUAAUAAUGGGAGAAGAUGGUUCCCUGUACGGACAAGACAAGUAAGUUUUUGUGUUUAAAGGGACUAUUACUGUAAUAUC